AUGUCCUUGGCCAGACGCAACGUCGCGCUCCUCGCGACUCACCACGCGCGUCGUAUCUCACACCGCGUACGCACGUUACCGCCAAAUGUGUUUGCCGAGUUCUCGGCGCUCGCUGCUCAGCACAACGCUGUAAACUUGGGCCAGGGGUUUCCAUCGUUCCCGACGCCGGAUUUUGUCCAACAAGCUGCGAUAAAAGCGAUUAUCCAGGAUAAUAACCAAUACACAAGGCCAGGAGGUCACAUACAGUACGUCCAGACGCUGGCCGAGAUGUAUUCGCCUCUACUUGGACGCACGCUGGACCCGAUGCACGAGAUCGUGACGUUUAAUGGCGCUCAGGAAGGACUGGCGUCGAUUCUCUCGGCCGUUCUGGAGCCCGGAGACGAAGUCCUGACGCUGGAGCCGUAUUUUGAUGCCUACGUGACGGUCGCGCAGCUGCACGGCGUGCGUGCAAAAGGUGUGCCGUUUCGCUAUAAGCCGGAUAAAAGUAGCGAUGUUUUGUCCUCGCGGGAUUUUAUCGUGGAUAUGGAUAAACUCGAGGCGAAAAUAACAUCCAAGACCAAGUUGUUGAUAUUGAAUAGUCCGCAUAAUCCGACUGGCAAAGCCUUGUCCCGCGAUGAAGUGCUCCAGUUUGCCCAUGUGCUGGAGAAGUAUCCGGAUAUUGUUGUACUGUCCGAUGAAGUGUACGAAUUUAUGACGUACGACGGCGUCGUCCAUGAACGGAUCGCAGCACUGCCGGGAUUUUUUGAUCGUACAAUUUCACUCUUUAGUGCUGGCAAAACCUUUUCGUGCACGGGCUGGCGUGUGAAUUACGCUGUGGGCCCAGCUCACUUGGUCGAAGGCGUUACUAAAGCCCACAGCACGGUCCCAUUCUGUGGUACGACUCCGUUUGAAGUGGCGCUGGCUUCAGUUUUCCGGCAAGCACAGGUGAAUGGAUAUUUUGACGAGCUGCGAGAGACAAUGGAGACGAAGCGCAACCGUCUGUGUGACGCGCUUGAGGGUCACAACUGGCGUCCAAUUGUUCCACAAGGCGGGUACUUUGUGUGCUGUAACGUCGAAGGCUUGCCGUUUUACAAUGAGUUUCGCGAGAUUGAGGUUACGUCGGACACCCCCAAGACGCUGUACCCGGAUUAUCAAUUCGCGUACAAGCUGGUCAAGGCUGGCCAUUUGGCGGUGAUCCCAACAUCACCCUUCUUCAGUCGUCCGGAAAACCGCCUUGCCCCGGGUGUCGUACGUCUUGCUUUUUGCAAAGAUGACAAGACACUAGACGAUUCCAUUCGCGUGAUCGAGUCCCUAAAGAAUUAG